AUGGCAAACUUUGAGAGACUCGCCAUGAUUACACCCAAUGGAGAUGAUUCGAUGAUUCGAGUGAGAGUUGAGAACGUGUGGUCUACUCUAGAUGUCGAGAAUGGUGAAGGGCUCAGUUUCCUGGUGGUUGAUGAUGAGGGCACAAGGAUUCAUGCAUUCGUCCAGCAUUUUGCUGAUGCCAAGAGAUUUAAGAGACUUCUUCAGCAAGGAGACUGGUUCACGAUAACUGGUUUCUCAGUUGUUAUUGUCCGGAAUGAGAUUCGUAUGACUAAACAGAGAAAAGAGAUCGUUCUCAAGCGAAACACAGAAGUUGGUGUUUCAGAAUUGUUCAAUGGUUUCAUUCCGCUAGAUUUGGUUCCAUUUCAGGAUGUUAAGAACGGAACUGUUCACGAUGGAACUUCUUACACUAGAGACUUUCUAGGCGUCAUAUCUUCUGUUUCAGAUUUUGGCCUCACAGUGGAUGACUCUAUGCCUAGAAACAUACAUAACUAUGAUCCUAAGACCACCGGAUCGAUUGACUUUGUUCUUGAGGACAACGAUGGAAAUCAUCUAAACUGUCGUGCAAAGGGAAUCUUGGCGGUUCUCUUUAAAUGUAAUUGGCUAUGUUAUGGUGAAACCGGAACAAACAUAGUCCUAUUAACCAAUUGGUGUGUUGUUGGAAGAGAUGGUCCUAUUCAAGUCGAAGAUGAAGAAGGGAUUUCUACUUUUGAGUAUGAUCCUCCUGGACACCACGAGGUGGUACAUUUCACGAACAUAUUAUUGCACCAAGAGGAGGACCUGAGCGAUGAAUGA